AUGAGAUAUUUGCCAGGACGUUUAAAUGAUGUGAAUGCAUCAAAAUAUGGGAAUGAAGAACAACUGAAAUCUUUGAUCAAAGCUUUAAACAACAAGGGAAUCCAAGCCAUUGCAGACAUAGUUCUAAAUCACAGAAUAGGGGAAAAGCAAGAUGGAAGCGGGAAAUACUAUAUCUUCGAGGGUGGAACUCCAUAUAAAUGCCUUGAUUGGGGACCUUCCUUGAUUUUCAAAGACGACGACUAUUGCGUUGGCAAUGGAAAUCUCGACACAGGAGGUCCCAUUACAGGUUCCCCAGACAUCGAUCACGUAAACCCUGUAGUCCAACAAGAGUUAUCUGAUUGGAUGAACUGGAUGAAGAUUGGGGUUUGA